AUGCAGAUCAACAAUCAGAGCUUGCUGGAUGAUUUCAUCUUACUGGGAUUUUCUGACCGCCCCUGGCUAGAAACACCACUCUUCAUCAUUUUUCUGGUAGCCUACAUGUUUGCCCUAUUUGGAAAUACAUCCAUCAUCUUAGUUUCCCGCCUAGAUCCCCAGCUCAACAGUCCCAUGUAUUUUUUUGUCUCAAAUCUCUCCCUUCUAGACCUCUGCUAUACCACAAGCACUGUUCCACAGAUGCUCAUCAACCUGAGGGGAUCAGAAAAGACCAUCAGCCAUGGGGGCUGUGUUGCCCAGCUCUACAUUUUUCUGGCCUUGGGGUCCACUGAGUGUAUACUUCUGGCCAUCAUGGCCUUUGACCGCUAUGCCGCCAUUUGCAAGCCCCUCCACUAUGCGGUCAUCAUGAACCAGAAACGGUGUGUCCAUAUGGCUGCUGGAACCUGGGCAAGUGGUUUUGCAAACUCCCUUGUGCAGUCCACUCUCACAGUGGUGGCCCCAAGAUGUGGGCGCAGGGUGAUAGACCAUUUCUUCUGUGAAGUUCCCGCCCUAUUGAAACUAGCUUGUACUGACACUCGUGUGAAUGAAGCUGAGCUCAACGUCCUGGGGGCUCUGCUACUGCUGGUGCCCCUCACGCUCAUCCUGGGGGCUUACAUACUCAUUGCUCAGGCUGUGAUGAAAAUCCGCUCUGCAGAGAGUCGCUGGAAGGCCUUCAACACCUGUGCUUCUCAUCUGCUUGUAGUCUUCCUCUUCUAUUUCACAGCCAUCAGUAUGUAUGUCCAGCCUCCCUCCAGCUAUUCUCAUGACAGGGGCAAGAUCAUGGCUCUCUUCUACGGCAUUGUUACACCCACCCUCAACCCCUUCAUCUACACACUGAGGAACAAGGACGUGAAAGCUGCCCUGAGAAGGACACUGAUGAAGGAUUUUUGGGUCAGGACAAGAUGA